CCACGGGCAAGAUGGCGGCCGCCGGAGGAGAGCCUUCGUCUCAGAAUAUGUCGGAUGAAUUAUUUAAAACGUUUAUCUCGGAGGUGAAGCAGAUUGAGAAGAGAGACUCUGUCUUAACCUCGAAGCAGCAGAUUGACAGACUGCUCAGACCUGGCGCAUCUUAUUUUAAUCUCAAUCCCUUUGAGGUGCUGCAGAUUGAUCCAGAUGCAACAGAUGACGAAUUGAAGAAAAGAUUUCGGGCGUUAUCCAUUUUGGUCCAUCCAGACAAAAAUCAGGAUGAUCAAGACAGAGCACAAAAAGCCUUUGAAGCUGUGGACAAGGCAUACAAACUCCUACUGGACCCAGAGCAGAAGAAGAGAGCCUUAGAUGUGAUCCAUGCAGGAAAGGAAUAUGUGGAGCAUAUGGUAAAGGAGAAAAAGAAGCAGUUGAAGAAGGAUGGGAAACCAUUGGAUGUGGAGGAGGACGACCAUGAAGUGUUCAAGCAAGCAGUGUACAAACAGACCAUGAAGCUGUUCGCGGAGCUCGAAAUCAAGAGGAAGGAAAGAGAAGCAAAGGAAAUGCAUGAAAGAAAAAGGGCAAGAGAGGAAGAAAUUGAAGCAGCAGAGAAAGCAAAGCGCGAGAGAGAGUGGCAGAAAAACUUUGAGGAAACAAGAGAUGGGCGCGUGGACAGCUGGAGGAACUUCCAGGCCAAAGGCAAGAAGAACAAGGAGAAAAAGAACAGGUCCUUCCUCAAGCCCCCGAAAGUCAAGAUGGAACAGAGGGAAUGAUGCUGUAAAAUGGGACUUUAUCGAGAGUAAACUCACUGUUAUAAAAACACCCAGUUCUGUGUAUCCUCACCUCGUCGUCUGCAGUCAGCUGUGUAGUCGUCAUCACGCAGUCAUCUGGAUACUUCCUCAUCCUGACCCUGACAAACGUAGUUUUGUACUUGGUUUUUCUAAUGUACAUAUUUCUGAUCUGGACCCAGAGAUCAUACUGGCCUCAUGGGAGAAAGAGAUGAUGCAGCUUCCACUUCUGUAACUGAUGAGGAAAAUGUGGUUUGUGUUUUUUUUUUUUUUACAAAAUAAAGCUUGGACUUAACAAGUCUACUGUACCAGUAGUGGUCUGCAAAGCUGAGCGUAAAUUUUUAAAUGGCUAAGUCUGCAAUUACAGAUCCCUCAUACUGAGCUAGCACAGUAUCUUGAAAUGUGCCGCCAGAGGAGAAAAGGAAAAUGUUUCUGGAACAGCCACAGAAAUAUUUUAAGUCUUCAGCACAAAUGCAGAUUUUGCAUUCAGUGUCUCGAGCCCACCUCCAACCUUAGUUCUGCAUGUCUUAAAUGUAUUAACUCAAAUAUUGUGAAUAAAAACACCUGCUUGGUGUUUGUUGCAUAUAGUUUUCUAUUUAUGUUGUUUUGAAAAGAUAGAAUAAAAUCCUUUCACCUG